CUAAUUUUCUGUAGACAACCCGACGAGAAUGGCGUCGCGUCUCUUCUCUUCUCUUGCUUCAGGGGCAAAGAGUCCUCCUCCUCCUCCGCAGCAAAGCACAGCAGUUCUCACGAGAAUGCGACGGCGGAGGAGCAGAGGAGGGGUGGACCGGUGGUUAUCAUCGCCUCAGCCGGAGCUGCUCUUCCACCUAGAAGUGUCGCCGUCGGAGUCGGCGGGGGAGCGGCGGGAAGUUUGGAGGGAAUCAUACAAUUACCAACGGUACAGUAUGAUUCAUCAUACCAACGAUUUGAUUAUUUACUUGAGGUGUGUAAGCAAGAGAGAUUGCUACUUCACAAAGAGGAACAGAAGGAUAAGCGAGAAAAGAAAGGGUGCUACAAUGGUGAUGAUGAUCAAUACUAUUUAGGUGGAGUUGAUCUCAAUGAGAGUUUGAUCACUCCUUCAAACCACACUGACAAGGAGGAAUGGAGGAAAAGCAACACCCCAGAGUCUAUUAUUUCACAUUCCAGUGGCAGUGACAGCAGAUCUUCAUACCAAAGAUUUGAUUAUCUACUUGCGGUGUGUAAGCAAGAGAGCUUACUACUUGAGAAAGAGAAACAAGAGGAUAAGCAAGAAAAGAAAGCAUGCUACAAUGAUGAUGAUGAUGAUCAGUACUGUGGGCUUGAUCUCAAUAAGAGUUUGAUCAUUCCUUCCAACCAUACAGUGCCUAAUAAGGAGGAAUGGAGGAAAAAAUUGAUGGGAUCAUUUUAUGGCUUAUCUUGGCAGAAUGCUUUGAAGUCUGUGGUGCAAAGUGCAGCACGAAGCAACACACCAGAAUCUGCUAUUUCACAUUCCAGUGGCACUGAUGGCAGCAGAGCUUCUUUAAAGAGGAGAUUACUACUUGCGGUGUGUAAGAAGGAGAGAUUACUACUUAAGAAAGAGGAACAAGAGGAUAAGCAAGAAAAGAAAGGAUGCUACAAUGAUGAUGAUGAUCAGUACCAUUUAAGUACGGUUGAUCUCAAUGAGAGUUUGAUCACUCCUUCAAACCAUACAGUGCCAGAUAAGGAGGAACAGGAGGAUAAGCAAGAAAAGAAAGCAUGCUACAAUGAUGAUGAUGAUGAUGAUCAUUACUGUGGGGUCGAUCUCAAUAAGAGUUUGAUCAUUCCUUCAAACCAUACAGUGCCUGAUAAGGAGGAAUGGAGGAAAAAAUUGAUGGGAUCAUUUUAUGGCUUAUCUUGGCCGAAUGUUUUGAAUUCUGUGGUGCAAAGUGCAGCACGAAGAAACACACUAGAAUCUGAUAUUUCACAUUCCAGUGGCAUUGAUGACAGCAGAGCUUCUUUAAAGAGGAGGUUAAAGUCUGAUGAGGUUGCGGGAAAUGCUGUGGCAGAGAGGAUCAAUUCCAAGAAGCGAAAGAGGGGAAGUGGGGUGCCCAACAACGGUCCAGAACCACCACCAGGACUACCGGUUGAAUUCAGAAAUUUUAUUCUCCAAAGGGCUGGUAACCGGGCAGUAUGUGUCGAGAAAUUGGUGAUUCAAAAGGAGCUUACCAAAACGGAUGUAAACAGCACCCAGAAUAGGCUGUCCAUCCCAGCGAGGCUUGUGAGGGAGGAGUUCCUUACGGAAGAAGAGCAUCUUCUACUUUGUCAGUGCAAUGGGAAGAAUGUAUGUUCUAUAGAUGAAGUUCCGUUGAUCACACCAAUGAUGGAAGUAGCAAAGGUGAGCUUGAGGAGGUGGGAGAUGAAGAAAGAAAGGGGAGUUCCCAGUGUAUCUUACGUCAUAGCUAAUACUUGGAAUGAAAUAAGAAGACGGAAUAAAUUUGAAAGCAAGAUGAUAGUUCAAUUGUGGGCUAUUCGGGUUGGCGUAGACUUGUGGAUGGCUCUAGUUAGGCUUUCUUGAUCUUUUAAUCAACUUACCACUUCAAUUUAGGAGAUACAAAUAUGCUCUUUGUAUAUGCUUUUUUGUGUUUUUCGAAACUAAUUCAAAGAGUUUUGAAUUUUGUUAUGAAUGUCUAUCAAAUACUGUUCAGUUCAUUUUGAAUGA